CAGCAGCCAGUCCCGGGCGACGGGGCGGUAGGGCUGUGGCCGACGGCCGCCCCGUGGCUGCUGCGGCGGCACAGGUGAGCAGCGGUGGCUCAGCUCCUGUUGAAAAUGGAUGACUUGGAGUCAGAGUUCAAUCUGAAAGUCGUCCUGGUCAGUUUCAAGCAGUGUCUCAAUGAGAAGGAGGAGGUGCUGCUGGAAUACUACCUCGCUGGCUGGAGGGGGCUGGUCAGGUUCCUGAAUAGUCUGGGCACCAUCUUCUCAUUCAUCUCCAAGGAUGUGGUGACAAAGCUGCAGAUCAUGGACCAGCUGCGAAGUGGCCCCCAACAAGAGCACUACAGCAGCCUGCAGGCCAUGGUUGCCUACGAAGUGGGCAACCAACUGGUGGACCUGGAACGGCGCUCACGCCACCCCGACUCAGGCUGCCGGACAGUGCUCCGGCUACACCGCGCACUGCGCUGGCUGCAGCUCUUCCUGGAGGGCGUCCGCACAAGCCCUGAGGACGCACGCACCUCCGUACUCUGCACUGACUCCUACAAUGCCUCGCUGGCCGCCUACCACCCCUGGAUCAUCCGCCGGGCUGUCACUGUGGCCUUCUGUGCGCUGCCCACACGCAAGGUCUUCUUGGAGUCCAUGAAUGUUGGGUCUUCCAAACAGGCUGUGGAGAUGCUAGACGAGGCCCUGCCCUUUAUUGAGCGUGUCUACAACAUCUCCCAGAAGCUCUACACCGAGCACGCCCUACUGGACCUGCCAUAGGGGCUGGUGGACCCAGGUGGGGUGGGCUUCCCUUGAUCCAGAGGUGGGCAGGGCAGCCAGGACCCAUCAGUCCUACCAUGGAACUUUCUGGGCUCCCCUGUGAGCUGAGCUUGUCAGGAGCCACUCAGAUUGUGCACAUGGGCCUCAGACAGGCUUCAACAGAGAAGGCAGUCACUGGCCAUCUGCUCUGUACCCAACCUUUCCCUUGCCCAGGCAUCUCAUCUUUACCCUCUACCAAGUUACACCCAUGUAGUUAGGCCUCUUCUGGGUUGGUGAAGUGCUGGAGGUUGGGGGGCAAGCAGGAUCAGUGUUCAUGGAAAAGCUGCCCCUACUUGGGGGUCAAGUCUGUCACAGGGCCUGGGAUGUAGUGUUUGCCCACCUGGGCUGCCUUGAGCCUUCUGUACCAUCUAGCUGACCCCAGGACAGGGAGAAAACCCCUGGGCAGGGGUCAGCUCUGCGGGAUUUCUCCCUGCCUCUGGCCUCCUCCUUAGCUAGAGGUGCACAUGUCCUUGGCUGUGACAGCAGGACCUGAAGCCCCGAAGGAAGGCCUGCUCUGCCUCCACUGCCCUGCACGUACACAGCGGCCUCCUGCAGCCUCAAGUCUACACAGCACAGCCCUGGAUGAGAAUCCCUAGAGCCCAGGACUCCUCUGGGCCAGCGCUCACUUAUCCCUCCUCAGUGUCCACACAUCCAGAUGCUGUGUCCCCUCUUCCUGGCCCCAUACUGCUCUGUCCCCAUGUAGCUCAGGAGACCUAGAAUGACACAACAUGGGAGGGAGCCUGGGCCACUUCACCUUGGUGACAGGCUGACAGGUGACCACACCCAGCCUGGCCAUCAUCCAGUGAUUGGGGGUCUGGACCCACCCACUUCCUCUUUGUGAGCCCAGGAUGUCAGGUGCCAAGGGGACAGUAUCCACUAAGAGCAAAUGUGCGUAAGCUUUCAGGGACCAUAGGCGCUGUAAUAUAGGUGAUGGCUUUCCCAAAAUAAACAAAUUGC